AUGUACUGUGCGUAUUCGUAUGCACAUCGUUUUGAUGUUCUUUUCGUGUUCACAACAUUCUUUGGUAUUUUCGGCGGGUUAUCAUUUAUAUUAAAACAGAAUGCACCAUUUCUUGCCUUGAUAAUAUUACGUCGGAAAAAUAGAGUUGCGCCAGGCAGCAAUGCACUGGUCAUUCAACAAAAUAAAUUGCUGGUAUGGUUGUGUCGAGUUCGAAUACUAUUCAACUACAUUACACAGAAUAUCGUUAAUUUAAAUCUGUUUGAAACGCAAACUCUACGUUCAACUAGUAAUAUUUUUCGAGAAAAACUUUUCACAAGAGUCUUUCUUCUACUUAUUAGUAUUUGUUCUAUUGGAGUUGGAUUUUACAUAUUCUUUGUUGUCCAAAGUCAAGUUAUCACUGUCCUACGACCUACUUAUGAAAUAUAUCAACAAUUGAGUGAUAUUUAUUCCGACACAUUAAAAUGUCCUUGUCAACAAGUGUUGAUUCCAUACGAAAACUUUAUGAAUGUUACAUUCGAAUUGCAUCAAGUAUGUUCGAGUGAUUUGAUUUCAUCAAAUUGGUUAGAUUAUAUCGCAUCUCUUGAUCCUAUUCAAUUACUUCCGACAUAUUUCACUGAUUUUCGUGCUAGUGGUACCUCUUACUUUGAACUGUUGGCUAUUUUCUGCACUCUCACUAAUUAUCAUAUCAGCGAUGCACAAGACAUUUUUACUGCUACGCUUUUUAUCAAUGAUCAUGCUCUUACUGAACAGCUCUUUGUGCAACAAACUACAGCUAUAAUUCAAUCAUACACUGCUAGUAUCCGCAAUGAUUUUCAACGUUCUAUCGACUUGAUUGAAGUUGGUUUAAGUACCAAUCAGGUUAUGACUGGGACGAACACGAAUUUUUAUGUUGAUAUUGAUGUCAACGGUUUGUUAGACCUCAGAGAUGGCUACUUUGUGGUGGCAUUUACCAUUGCUGAUUAUGGGGUCGGUGUGGUUGGUUUUUGUGUAUGUGGGUUUGAAGUCAAUGACGAUAACUGUUACGGAUGGAAUUUUAUAUUUCCAAAUGGUACUCGUCAAGUUCGCUAUGACUACCUGUUUUCUGAGGUACGCGUUGGUUGUGUGCCUUUAAAUGGAUUCUUUGCCUCGACGUUCUCCUGGUGGUAUAAUCAAACAUAUUUGGAUAGAAUUCAAGAAUCAUAUGCCUCAAUACUUGGCUCACAAUCGUUGCCAAAACUUGAACAGCUCAACACAUCUGUUCAAACUCGAUUUCACAAUGAGACGAUGGAAUAUUUACUUCAUCAGAUGUUUCUGGAAACAUCGUUGACGAAUAACACAGAUUUCCAACAGUUCUUUGACGCAUGUGCGCCAAGUUCUUGUUCAUAUACAAUUGAACAACGUCGUGAUAUCAUCGUUCUACUUCUUCUUUUCAUAUCAAUUUGCGGUGGAUUGAACAAAAUCCUCCGCAUAUGCGUACCAAGUAUCGCCCACAUGAUCUUCUUCAUUAUUGAUUAUCGAAACAAUCGAGAUCACCAGGAUGCAUUAAGUCCGUUUGUUACUCGUUUCAAACAUCUCCUCAAUGUUAUUUAUAAUUCAUUUAAGAACCUAAACUUAUACAACACAAAACUAAACACUGAAGUACGACUUCAAAAACUAUACACAAGAAUUUAUAUUCUAUUGUUUACGAGUUCACUCGGUGUUUUAAUCUUUUACAAUGCAGUCGUCGAACGAAGUGUUACAAAAACAUAUCCAUCGCCAUCGAUUGCUGAUUAUGAACGUUUACUAAAUUUGUAUCCCGAUAAUGUCAAUUGUCCGUGUGCAUACCUCGCAAUUCCUUAUGAUAAUUUCGUUACAGAAUUGCGUGUAGGUGUGUUUCAUCAAGCGUGCUCCACUAACGUAAUAUCUAACAUUCUUCUAGCAGGUAAGAGCAAUUUUAUUCAAGAAUACGCACCAGUAUAUUAUGGUUUAGGUAUGCCGCUUCCUUUCUCUAGUUUUUCGAACAAAAACGAUUUUCGAAAUGUCAUCACUGUUUUCACUCGAGUUAUGACACAGCUCUGUACAUUAGCAGAAAGGACCAUUAAGAAAGGUCUUCUCACCUUUCACAAUUCUAACAUGUUCGUCAAGCAAAUCAUCUCUCGCCAGCAAUUUGCUAAUGAAACUAAUAAAAUCAUUCAUCGGUUUCAAGAGAAAUUACCGAUGGAAUUUGCUCGUACAUUAAACUUGAUUCGUACAAUACUACAAGGAAAUGCUUUGUUUAGCCGAAUACCAUUCAAUUGGCGAAUUAUAAUCAAUGAAGAAAAUCAAGGAGUAAAUACAACAUUUCGUACUGAACCUGUUUUCUAUCUCAAUAGUGAACAAAACACGAAUUGUACAUGUGCCACUCAACGAACUUGCACUAUACCAGGAAUCAUGUACAAUGGUUCUUCGUCGUUGCCAUUGAGAGGUUUUAAACUAGGCUGUUAUUCACUUGAAACAGUACUCCUAUCAUCAUUAUCAUGUUUUUAUUCGAGAACAUGUAUUGAUGAUUACCGAUAUUAUACAUUCAUGUAUCUUGCUGAUCUGGACCUGAUUUUUAAUGGUACAAAUGAAGUUAUUCAAUUGAACUCUUCAUUGACACGAUUCAACAUCAAUGACACAGUCGAAACGAUGGCCCAUGAACUGUUUAUUGAAUCAUGGAUAAGUAAUGUUUCGUAUGAAGCAUUUUUCAACAGCUGUGCUCCCAGUUCUUGCACUUAUAAAAACUAUUAUCGAUUUGAUAUACUCGAAUUGUUAGCAGUGUUCCUAAGUGUGUACACUGGCUUAUCUACUGUUAUUCGAUUCAUCGUACCAUAUUUUGUUUCAAUGAUUAGAAAUAUCCGUCGUCGUAUUUGUACAUAA